UUGAAAGAACUCUUCAAAGGGAAACAAAAACUGUUUUUGGGUUUCAAUCUAUUCUUGCUAAUUGGCUUCCAAAUAAACCUUGAGGGUGGCCAAACUUCACCAAAGAAGCCUGAUACGAAGUUAGAGGUAGCUAUUAGCUUUGUCAACAAGGUCAAGGUGGCUAUCCUUUUCCAUGACCAUCAUGAUUUGCUUGUUGAGUUCACUCAUUUCCUCCCUCAG